UGGCCCUACAACAAAAGAGAAAAAAGGAAAACAAAGUUACCUGCUUGGUGCUAGCAGUAAAUAUAGGACCUUGAAGUCCCAAGUGAAUUCCGUGCUCUGCAAGCCAGCCCCCACCCCCAAGAACAUGCAUCAAACCUACACGCACGGAUUCCCACGAGCUGAUGAUCCGUUCACUAUGGUGUUGUGAUCAAGAAGGAGCCCGCGAUAGCCCUUCUAAAAUCGUCCAUGGAGAAGGAGUAUAUGGAUCCCAGAAAGACCCUCAAAUCCCCACGCACAUCCGGCUAGUCACAAGCCCAGACGUCUUGUGUGGUAUUGAGCAGCUGGAAUCGGAAUAAAGGCAAGCUGAUAUGACGGGCCCAUGCAGUAGUACUGAUUAUCCGUGUAAGACGAGCAUCAAGACGACUUAGUCAGCCACCACGACUGCAGCCUCGAAUCACGACGCUCAACAACGAAGCUGGCCUUGCAUUUCUCCCCACGUACACAAAUAAAAAGUUCCCCAUCACCGCAGCCCGCUCGCCCCCUCCUCCGUAGAUACAAUCCGGCCAUGUCGGAUCCGGAGCAGCCCCAGAACUUGGCCCGCCAGGCCUGCGCGACCUGCCGCCGUCAGCGUCGUAAAUGCACCCGCCAGCUUCCGUCGUGCCAGCUCUGCCUCAAGAGCCGCCGUGUGUGCGAGUACCCCAGCGAGGUAGACUCGCCGCAGUCAGCCGUGUCCGGCUCUCAUCUGCCCCUACGAGAUCCCGCCGUGGCCUUGUUUUUCCUCGACUCGUAUAUGUUCAGGAGAAGGAACACUGUGACCAAGACACCUCGCAUCCAGCCUCCGCACGAGAUCGUCGAGCUUGUAGAAAACAAGGCCGAUGUCCAGUUAAGCGUGCAAAUCUACUUCGCCGAGGUCCAUCCUCUAUUCCCUAUAGUCUCCAAGCUGAAGCUUCUCCAAGACCUAGCGGCCGCCAGCUUCCAGCCCCCGAAAGCCGAUACCCAGGUUCUUCUGGUUGCGAUACGUCUUUCCUGUCAGAGCCUAGAGGGCUACAGCACGGGCGAGGCCACUCAAGCAUCGCUAUAUUGGAAGACCAAGAGGGCUCUGAGCUGUCUCGAGGCGAAUGGGAUCCUCUCCAUCCGGCUGCUGCAAGCCUUGCUUUUGGUGACAUACUACGAAAUUUCCAAUGCCAUAUAUCCCUCCGCAUUCAUGAGCGUGGCCAUGUGUGCCAGGGUGGGACAAGCCAUAGGGAUCCACGACCACACCCGCGCACCUCAGAUGCUUCCCGUCCGAACCUCGUUGGUCGAGCACGAAGAGGCCCGCCGGACCUGGUGGGGAAUCAUUGUGCUUGACAGAUAUAUCACCAUAGGGCCCGAAUACCGCCCGUUCUCGUGUCUCGGCCCGAGCCCAGAUGCUCUGUUGCCGAUGGAUGAAGGAUCCUGGGAGUCAGGGGAGCCAAGGAUCCGCCCAUCACUGGCGGUCUCAGCCGCGGUGGACAACUCGGCAUGCCCCUUCGCCCGCACAUGCCAGGCCGCGAGCCUGCUCUCCCGGGUCCUGCUGCACAUCAACCACCGGCCGGACGACUACGACGCCUACUACGCCGAGUCGCUGAUGCUGGCGCGGGCCGCCACGGCCUUCGCCUUGGCCGUGGCCCACGAGGCGGGCGCGCUGGGCGACCCGCAGCUGGCGCCGCUGCUGCCGGCGCUGGGCCUCGCCUACAGCACGCAGCUGGCGCUGUUCGACGCCCACAGUUGCGCCGAGUGUCUCAGCUUCGAGGGCAACGUCGGCUCCCCCGGCCAGCUGGAGAUGCAGCAAGUGGCCCUCGAGGGCCUCCUGGCGCUCAGCCCGCGCGUCGCCUCACUCGCCCGCCGCAUCGUCGGUAUGCUGGGCCACGGCGGCGGCGUGCGCGCUGUGAGCCCCCUGGUUCUCGACUGCCUGUACCAGACCGCCAAGCAGCAGGCGUGGUACUUUCGCGAGACGAGCAAGAGGGAGGUGUUUGAUGACUACACCACUGUCAGGGAAGCCCUGGCGGCGGCUGGGCAUACCCAGAUUCGUGCGAACGAAUAUCUCGUUAUUUUGGAUGGGGAUGACUUGCGGCUAGAAGGCUACGCUCCUUAAGUUCCAGGAGGCAUAAACAGCGGCACCAACCGCCCACUGCUAAGACUCGGAGGGAUUCUGUGUCUCCCUUGUAGCACGAGGUGGUGUCCAAGAGCAGAAUGCGUACGCUGGAAUUACCCGACGCCAUUUUGGAAAUAUUGACGAGCUACGAGAUAUUCCAAAGAACACGCCGGCUUUUUUUCGGUACAACACCGCUUGACUCUCCUGGCAUAUAAUCUACUUCCACUCAAGGCUUGCUCGUGGCAACCGAUGUGCUGUCACACUGGGAAGUGUUCCCGGAGAUGACGGUGUAUGCGCUAGCAUCCGCGAACCAAUCUUCAAAUAACCAAGGGAAGUGAAUGUGGCAUGAGUUUACUGCUUGAAGCAACCAUAUAGCAACUAAGCUGUCCGGCCGGCUGUUCUGUGGCAGGAGAGAGAUUUUUGAUCAGAGGGCUAUCAUGUACCUGGCGUCGUCAAUGAAGUUCCCCUCAAGCAAGGCCUUGACCUUACCCGCGGCCAGAUCGACAAAUGAUCUCGGUCUCCUGAUGUGGCUCGAGACGCAAGCACAAAGAAGACAAAAAGCACAAUGCGACCCCCGCCUUGCCUCCCCAUCUUCAAAGCGCAACAAGAGGACAGGAAAUAUCUGCCGGGCAGGCUAUCUUCGUAAUGCCAGAAACGUUCACGGG